AUGUGCUCGCAUCGGAACAUAAGACCUCUCACCUUUCUCGGUGUGCUUGGCUUCCUGCUUUGCACUCUACCAGUCUUUGUCCUUGCCGGUGGUGUUUUUUCUUCAGGUCGAAGUCGUGAUUAUAGCAAGAUAGGACGUGGUCGCGGCGAAAUAGAUUCCGGAAUGAUGGACAUAGCCAGUGCAAGCAGCAUCCAGGAGGGUCUUCUACAUGGAUCCAUCGCUCAGCAGCUACCUUCGAAGCUGUUAGUGUCCAGCACUCCGAACUUAGUGCUCGAACAAUCUGCCGCGCCUCUUCAAGCAAAGCUUCGCCAACUCGGAUAUCCUGAUGCUAAAGUUACUGUCCACGACGUCAACUAUCGAGACAUGCAGAAGGUCCAAGACAAGGUAUUGGACCAGAUGAAAAGGGAUAGUGGAAGGAGGCAGUUUGUGCCUAUCUUCGAUUCAGGGGGGGUGGCUUCAUAUGCGAUGUCCCUUAAGCGUCCGUCUGGAGCAGCUUGGCCGAAAAGCGUAGGAAGAGUUGCUGGCAAAGAUUCUGUCAGCAAAGCUGCCAUUAUGAGCGUUUACAUGUCGGGACAAGGAGAGGAGAUGAGUCGUAGCAUCGUACUGCAUGGGAUUGCCAAAGUCAAGCACGCGAACAAUUUGCACCAACCCCCGAUUGAAGUGCAGCAGCAAAUGUACGACAUUAAGCGGAUGCUGCAUCUCUGA